AUGAGAGCUGUCAGACGUGCUCUACAGACCCCGGCCACUAGGUCAAUCUACAAAUCACAACUUAGGGCCAUUUCAAAGUCUGCCCAGCAAAAUGCUACCAUGACCCAAAGGCUGCUGCCUUCAUCCCCACGUCCUACUCCAGCACCAGCUUUCAACCAAGAGCCUAGCGGAGCCGCUAAUGAGUCUGGUGAAAGACCCUCGACCAAGAGAAAUCUUAGGCGUGAACAGCUCAUCAUGGACGACUCGUUUAUUGGACUUACAGGAGGUGAAAUUUUCCAUGAAAUGAUGUUAAGACACAAUGUUGAUACUGUUUUUGGAUAUGCUGGCGGUGCUAUUCUUCCUGUUUUCGAUGCCAUUUACAACUCGGAUAAGUUCAAGUUUGUUUUGCCACGUCAUGAACAAGGUGCUGGACAUAUGGCGGAAGGCUAUGCUCGUGCUUGUGGUAAGCCCGGUGUUGUUCUUGUUACUUCUGGUCCUGGAGCUACUAAUGUGAUUACUCCUAUGGCCGAUGCUUUAGCUGACGGUGUUCCAUUGGUGGUUUUCACCGGCCAGGUGCCUACUUCUGCCAUCGGUACCGACUCUUUCCAAGAAGCUGAUGUCAUUGGUAUUUCCAGAUCAUGCACCAAAUGGAACGUUAUGGUUAAAAAUGUUGCUGAAUUACCCCGUAGAAUCAACGAGGCGUUUGAAAUUGCCACCCUGGGAAGACCUGGACCUGUUUUGGUCGACUUGCCCAAAGAUGUCACUGCCUCGAUUUUGCGUGAAUCCAUUCCUAUCAAGACCACCUUACCUUUCAAUGCCUUGAGUCAAAUCACUCGCCAGGCAGCCACAGAGUUCACCAUGGAAGCCAUCCACAGAUCCGCUGACAUUUUGAAUAAGGCCAAGAAACCAAUUAUCUACGCUGGUGCUGGUGUCAUGAACAGCGAAGAAGGUCCCCAACUUUUGAAAGAAUUGGCUGACAAGGCUUGUAUUCCCGUUACUACCACCAUCCAGGGUCUCGGUGCUUUUGACCAACGUGAUCCAAAGUCGCUAGAUUUCCUUGGUAUGCAUGGAAAUGCCGCUGCCAAUACUGCUAUUCAAAAUGCCGACGUCAUUAUUGCCUUAGGAGCUCGUUUCGAUGACAGAGUCACCGGUAAAGUGAGCGAGUUUGCACCUGUUGCUCGUGCUGCUGCUGCUCAGAACAAGGGAGGAAUUAUUCAUUUCGAAAUCAGUCCUAAGAACAUCAACAAAGUGGUAGAAGCUACUGAGGCUGUUGAAGGAGACUUGGCUGUUAACUUGGCUAAGUUUAUUCCAUUGGUAAAGAACGUUAAAGAGAGACCCGAAUGGAUGGGACAAGUUGAAAAAUGGAAAGAAAUGUACCCAUAUGCCUACUUGGAAGAAACCCCUGGAUCCAAGAUUAAACCACAAACCCUCAUUAAAGAAAUUUCCAAGCAAUCCAGCACUUACGGAAAGGAGGUUAUUGUAACUACCGGUGUCGGUCAGCAUCAAAUGUGGGCUGCUCAACAUUUCACCUGGACCAAACCCCGGACCAUGAUCACCUCUGGUGGUUUGGGAACGAUGGGUUUUGGUUUACCCGCUGCAAUUGGAGCCCAGGUGGCCAAGCCAGAUGCAAUCGUUAUCGACAUUGAUGGUGAUGCUUCCUUUAAUAUGACAUUAAUGGAAAUGUCUUCUGCUAUUCAAGCUAAUGCACCAGUCAAGAUUUGUGUUUUGAACAAUGAAGAACAAGGAAUGGUUACUCAAUGGCAAUCACUCUUUUACGAACAUCGUUACGCCCACACUCAUCAAUCCAACCCUGAUUUCAUGAAAUUAUCAGAAGCUAUGGGCCUUAAGGGUAUUCGUGUGUCGAAGCAAGAAGAAUUAGUAUCCGGUGUCAAGGAAUUUUUAGAUUAUGAAGGUCCUGUUUUGAUGGAAGUUGUUGUCGAGAAGAAGGUGCCAGUCUUGCCUAUGGUUCCAGGUGGUAACGCAUUGGACGAUUUCAUUGUCUACGACGCUGAAGUUGAAAGAAAAGAAAAUGAGUUGAGAAAACAAAGGACUGGUGGUUUGCAUUAA